AUGUUUACAAAUCUGCGUAAACUAAUGAAAAUUGCCAUCAAUGAUUUUGAAAGUCUAGAGCGUGAGAGUUGGCUUAAAGCACACGCGAAUCAGAUUGUUCUGACUGUAGAACAGUUAAUGUGGUCACGCGAUAUCACACUGAUUUUGGAAGAUCCAUUUCCAGAGGAUCGGAUUGAUGGUCUGAAGGAAUAUGAAGAGAAAUGUUAUGCCGGACUGAAUAAACUUGCAGCAUUGGUUCGCGGUGAGUUACCGAAGCUGUUUCGUGCUCUCCUGUGCUCAUUAAUUACAAUUGACGUACAUGCUCGAGAUAUGGUAACAGAACUAGUCAACAGUAAAGUCGAUUCACUAAGUAAUUUCGAUUGGCAGCGCCAGCUGAGAUACUACUGGGAUCUAGAUUUAGAUACGUGUGUUGUAAAAAUGGCGAAUGCAUGUUAUAUUUAUGGUUACGAAUACUUGGGUGCUUCACCACGUCUGGUGAUUACUCCAUUAACCGACAGAUGUUAUCUCUGCUUAAUGGGGGCAUUACAAUUAGAUUUAGGCGGUGCUCCGGCUGGUCCAGCUGGUACUGGUAAAACAGAAACCACGAAAGAUUUAGCCAAAUCUGUCGCAAAACAGUGCGUUGUCUUCAACUGCUCCGACGGUCUUGACUACAAGAUGAUGGGACGAUUCUUCUCUGGUCUAGCACAGUCCGGUGCAUGGUGUUGUUUCGAUGAAUUCAAUCGGAUUGAUAUUGAGGUUUUGUCGGUUAUCGCGCAACAGCUGAUUACUAUUCGAAAUGCCAAAGCUGCUCGCGUUUCACGGUUUAUGUUUGAAGGCCGUGAAAUAAAACUGGUGCCAACAUGUGCUGCUUUCAUUACAAUGAAUCCAGGCUAUGCUGGACGUACUGAACUGCCUGAUAAUUUAAAAUCUCUAUUUCGUCCAAUAUCUAUGAUGGUGCCGGAUUAUCGUCUUAUAGCUGAAGUUAUCCUUUAUUCUGAAGGAUUUGAAUCUUCAAAAACGCUAGCUUUAAAAAUGACACAAAUGUAUAAGUUAUGCAGUGAACAGCUGUCUCAACAGGAUCACUAUGAUUUUGGUAUGAGAGCGUUGAAGUCAGUUCUAGUUAUGGCUGGUUCAUUGAAACGUGAAAAUCCGGAUAAACCAGAAGAUGUUGUAUUAAUUCGUGCUUUACGUGAUAGUAAUCUACCUAAAUUUCUUAAACAUGAUGCUGUUCUGUUUACUGCAAUUUUACAAGAUUUAUUCCCGGGAGUAUCAUUACCCGAACAUGAUUACGGAAGAUUUUUAUCUGAGAUUGAAACUGUCCUUCAAGAAAUGGGGUUACAGAUUGUUUCGGAUCAAGUCUUGAAAGUGAUACAGUUUUUCGAAACAUUACUCGUACGUCAUGGAGUCAUGUUGGUCGGACCAACUGGUGGUGGGAAGACUACUAUUUACCGUGUUUUAGCCAAAGUUCUAGCAAAUUUGCAUGCAGCUGAUCUACCAGAUAAUAAGCCCGAAUAUCAACCUGUAAAAACUUACGUUCUGAACCCAAAAUCUAUAACUAUGGGCGAAUUAUACGGAGAGGUGAAUAAAUUAACACUUGAAUGGCACGAUGGUCUAUUGGCUUCUAUCGUUCGGCAAACAUGUGUGGAUCAGACACAAGAUCAUCAGUGGGUUAUAUGCGAUGGACCAGUCGAUGCUUUAUGGAUUGAAAAUAUGAAUACUGUAUUAGAUGAUAAUAAAAUGUUGUGUUUGGCUAACUCCGAGAGAAUCAAACUAACCAAUUAUGUUCACAUGUUGUUUGAGGUAGAAGAUUUAGCUGUUGCCUCACCCGCAACUGUUAGUCGUUGUGGUAUGGUGUAUGUGGAUCCUGAAGACUUAGGAUGGUUACCGUACGUAAAAACGUGGCUGAAAUCAAUUGAAGAUAAAUUAGUUCCUCAUGUUGUUGAAUACAUCAUGGAGCUUUUUGAGAAAUACGUUGAUCCCUUCCUACAGUUUGUAAUGAAUAAAUGUUCAGCAAUUAUCCCACAGGUCCCAAUUGCCCGGGUACAGACAAUGUGUAAACUUUUAGAAGUCUUAUUAAUUCAUCCAGGUGGUCCACCGAUGAGUCACGAAAAGAGUAGAUUAAAUCCAAUAUUAGCCAUGUCAUUUGCAUUCUCAUUGCUAUGGGGGUUGGCAGGUAAUUUGAUUGAUGCAAACUGGGAUUCAUGUGACGCAUUUAUACGUAAUCUUUUUGAUGACCUAGGUGAUGCUCGAUUGCCACAACAUGCUGAUUUAUGGUCCUGCUAUGUUGAUAUGGAUACACGUCGUAUGGAUAAUUGGGAUAAAAUGCUUGCCACAUUUAUUUAUAAUAAGAAAAUACCAUUUUUCGAUAUGAUUGUACCAACUAUAGACACAGUUCGAUAUGGUUAUAUGUUGGAAAAAUUGUUGGACGCCAACCAAAGUGUUCUCUUCACUGGUUUGACAGGAGUUGGAAAAUCAGUUGUUGUUCGUGGAACUUUGAAUGCCAUAGCUCAAAUGAAAAAUUAUGUGCCUGCAUUCCUGAACUUCUCGGCUCAGACAAGCAGCAAUCGUACACAAGAAAUGAUUGAAAGUAAAUUGGAGAAAAAGAAGAGAAAUAUUCGUGGUGCACCAAAAGAUAAACGUGUGAUACUGUUUGUAGACGAUUUAAAUAUGCCGAAACAAGAUACAUACGGAAGUCAACCACCCAUUGAAUUACUGAGACAAUAUCAAGAUUUUCGCGGUUUCUAUGAUAGGGACAAGCUAGAGUGGAUUAAGAUUAAAGAUAUGACCCUGUGUGCAGCAUGUGGUCCACCGGGAGGUGGGAGAAAUCCAGUUACUGCAAGACUAAUCAGACAUUUUUCGCUGUUCGCCAUACCUUCACCAUCUGAAACCAGCUUAAAGCAAAUAUUCUCUUCAAUUAUCAAUGGUUACUUUCUUGAAUUCCCUCAAGGAGUCCGUAAUAAUGGUGAUGCGGUUGUGAAUGCUGCUGUUGAGAUAUACGUCAGAAUGGCUAAAGAAUUACUGCCGACACCUGCUAAGUCCCAUUACGUAUUCAACCUGAGAGAUUUAUCAAAAUGUAUUCAAGGGGUUUUACAAGGUGAUUUGAAUAUUGUACGCGACAAACAAACCUUAAGUAGACUGUUUUACCAUGAAGCUCAACGUGUAUUUCAUGAUCGACUGAUAAAUCAAGAAGAUAAAAACUUUUUCAACCAAAUUCUUUCAGAAAUGGCCUCAAAGUACUUUGGUGAGACAAUUGAGCCUGAAACAUUUUCCAAGAAUCCAAUACUAUUUGGUGACUUUUUAAGACCUGGUGUUCCCCGGGCAGAACGAUUUUAUGAGGAGCUGUGUGAUAUUGAAAAGCUGAAAUCGUUAUUAAUGGAUUAUUUAGACGAUUACAAUUUAGUUAUGUCAAAAGAUGUGAAACUUGUCUUCUUUGUUGAUGCCGUUGAACAUGUUUGUCGUAUUGCACGAAUGAUUAGACAAGACAGAGGCAAUGCAUUGUUGGUCGGUGUUGGUGGUACAGGAAAACAAUCCCUGACAAGGUUAGCCGCACAUAUUAAUGAAUACAAAUGUUUCCAGAUUGAAUUAUGUCGUGGUUACGACUAUUCAUCAUUUCAUGAAGAUUUAAAAAGGUUAUAUAUUUCAGCUGGAGUGGAAAAUAAACCAACCGUAUUCUUAUUCACAGAUAAUCAAAUAAUUGUAGAAGAAUUCCUUGAAGAUAUUAAUAAUAUAUUAAAUUCUGGUGAAGUACCAAAUUUAUUUGAAAGUGAUGAAUAUGAACGUUUGAUAAUUGGAUGUCGACCAGCUGCUAAAGAUGCUGGUAUUGCUGAGGGAAAUCGUGAUGCAAUAUAUGAAUUCUGCAUCAAUCGUGUACGUAAUAACCUUCAUAUCGUACUGUGUAUGUCACCAGUUGGUUCAAAUUUCCGGGUACGCUGCAGAAUGUUUCCAUCAUUGGUAAACUGCUGUACUAUUGAUUGGUUUAUUCAAUGGCCUGAAGACGCAUUGUAUAGUGUUGCAAAGUUUGCCUUUUCACAAGCUGAUUUCAGUUCAGAUGAGAUGAAAGAGGCUGUGUCCAAAUUAUCCACUGAUAUUCAUUUGAGUGUGUCACAAACAGCUGAACGUUUUUAUGCUGAAUUGAAACGACAUUAUUACACUACACCUACAAGUUACUUGGAACUACUUGAAUUAUAUACCACUAUGCUAAACAAGCGAAUCAAAGAAUUAUCGGAAGGCAGGGAUAAAUUUCGUAAUGGUUUGAAUAAGAUUUUGGAAACAAAUGAUUUAAUCGCAAAAAUGGAAGUGGAAUUGACAGCAAUGAGACCAACACUUGAAGUCAAGCAACGCGAUACGGAAAAACUAAUGAUUAAGUUGAGUGAAGAUCAAGAACAGGCCGAUAGUGUUCGUAAUCGUGUGAAAGAAGAUGAAGCUUUGGCUAAACAGAAAGCUGCCGAAAAUCAAAUUAUUGCUGAUGAUGCCCAACGUGACUUAGAUGAGGCGGUUCCAGCACUUGAGGCAGCUAACAAAGCACUUGAUUCUUUGGAUAAAAAUGACAUAUCAGAAAUUCGCGUGUUUACUAAGCCUCCACAGUUGGUACAAACUGUUAUGGAAGCAGUUUGUGUAAUGCUUGGACAAAAGGGAGACUGGGCAACUGCGAAAGUUGUAUUAGGGGAUUCCAACUUUCUUAGGAAACUAGUUGAAUUUCCAAAAGAUGAAAUUACUGAUGGUCAGUUGAAAAGACUGAAAAAAUACAUUGACAAUCCUGAAUUUACACCAGAAGUCGUUGAGAAAACCAGCAAAGCAUGUAAAUCUAUGUGCAUGUGGGUUCGAGCUUUGGACUUAUACGCUCAUGUAUUUCGUACUGUCGAGCCGAAAAGAAAACGAUUAGAGGAGGCGAAUGCAGAGUUAGACAAUGUAAUGCGUAAACUUCAGGAGAAACAAGCUGAACUAGCCAAAGUUGAAAAAAAAAUUGCUUCCUUACAAGCAGAAUAUGAUGAAUCAGUUGCUGAAAAGAAGAAACUUGAACAUCGUCUAGCGUUGACAUCAGCUCGUUUGAAACGCGCUGGUAAACUGACAAGUGCUUUGGCUGAUGAACAAGAUAGAUGGAAAAUAUCAAUUGAUGAGUAUGAAGCGCAACUUGAAAAUGUUAUUGGUGAUGUGUUUGUCGCUGCUGCAUGUGUCGCCUAUUAUGGAGCUUUCACAUCAGAGUAUCGUGAACUCUUAGUGAACAAAUGGGUCCUUCGGUGUCGGGAACUAGGUAUACCAGUCAGUGAUAAUCCAACCUUAUUCAGCGUUCUCGGUGAUGCAUUCGAAGUAAGACAGUGGAAUACAGAAGGUUUACCACGUGAUCAAGUCAGUACAGAUAAUGCCAUACUAGUGACACGUUCGAGACGAUGGCCACUGAUGAUCGAUCCACAAGAACAAGCAAAUCGUUGGAUACGUGCUAUGGAGGCAGAAAAUAAUUUAAAAGUAAUCAAGUUAACAGAUUCAAAUCUGUUGAGAAUACUGGAAAAUUGUAUACGAGUUGGGUUUCCAGUUCUUCUUGAAGAUGUUGGAGAAACACUAGACCCUGCCUUAGAACCAAUAUUAUUAAAGCAAGUUUUCAUGUCUGGCGGUCGACUGCUUAUUCGACUAGGUGAUUCAGAUAUUGAAUAUGAUAAGAAUUUCAGAUUUUAUAUCACUAGUAAAUUAGCCAACCCUCAUUAUUUACCAGAAGUGUCAAUUAAAGUAACGAUUAUCAAUUUCACCGUCACACCAGCUGGUUUAGAGGAUCAAUUGCUCGGUGAUGUGACAGGUAUUGAACGACCUGAGCUAGAAGAACAACGCAGUCAGUUAAUUGUGCGCAUCAAUACAGAUAAAAAUCAGUUGAAAGAUACAGAAGACCGUAUACUUAAAUUGUUAUUCGAAUCUAAAGGGAAUAUUCUGGACAACGAAGAUUUGAUCAAUACACUGAAUGAGUCUAAAGCCAAGUCGAGUGAGAUUUCUAAACGUUUAGCAGAAGCUACGUUAACAGAACAAAAAAUUACAAAUGCACGCUCUAAAUACUUACCAGUUGCUUCAAGAGGAUCUGUGAUGUACUUCGUUAUCACAACUAUGUCUGAAAUCGAUCCUAUGUAUCAGUUUUCAUUGAAAUACUUUAAGAAUUUAUUCAACUCAACAAUUCAAAACAGUCAACAAGCAUCCAGUUUAGAAGAACGUAUACAAAUUCUUCUUGAUUGCACUACUAAGUCCACAUAUAAUAAUGUUGCUCGUGGUUUAUUUGAACGCGAUAAGCUAGUCUUCUCGUUUAUGCUAUGUGUACAGAUAUUAAGGCAAAUGGAUCAAAUCACUACACAAGAAUGGAACUAUUUCUUGUUGGGUACACCAGAAGAUAUCAAGGAAUAUAAACGGGCUGAACAACCAGCUGAUACGCUUGAUUGGUUGAAUGCAAGACAAUGGCGAAGAAUAGUCGAUCUGGCUCAUCAUUUCCCUAAUCAGUUUUCAUCACUGCCUGGAGAUGUUAGAAAGUGUUCAAUAUCAGUGAAUUUUAAUCCAUUGACAAGCUUUAAACAAAAUGAACAACAGCAAAACAGCAAUGAUAAUAAUGAUGAGGUACAAAACGAUGCUGAAGAAUCAGACGUGUAUAACCUAACUCCUAAAAGUCAUGAAAAUCUUCCACGUGCUAAUUAUCAGGAUAAUUUAACAGGUUUCAGAAACUGUUAUUAAUAUCAACUAUACAAGAAGAGAGUGUUGUAAAAGCUGUUACAGA